ACAAUAACCAUAGGUUGGUGGCCACGCCAGGCCUGGGUGAGGCAUGAAUACCAGCCACCACCACCCCGGCGCCCCUCUUCUAGGAUGGACUCUGCGUGGGCAAAGGCUUCUUGGUAAGCCCGGCAGAAGCCGAGGGACCCAACCCAUGGAGAUAUGCUGGAAGAUACAGGCAGCCAAUGGCUCCAUUGAUGGCUUGGAUUUCAACCCCAUGAAGGAUUACAUGAUCCUGAGCAGUUCCCAAAAGAUAGCUAUCGCGGUGCUGUGCACCCCUCUGGGCCUACUAAGCGCCCUGGAGAAUCUGGUGGUGCUCUACCUGAUCCUGUCCUCACACCGGCUCCGCAGGAAGCCCUCGUACCUGUUCAUCGGCAGCUUGGCUGGGGCUGACUUUCUGGCCAGUGUGGUCUUUGCCUUCAACUUUGUAUAUUUCCACGUCUUCCAUGGCGUUGAUUCCAAAGCUGUCUUCCUGCUGAAGAUUGGCAGCGUGACUAUGACCUUCACGGCCUCUGUAGGCAGCCUGCUGCUGACGGCCAUUGACCGCUACCUCUGUCUGCGCUACCCACCUACAUACAAAGCCCUACUCACCCGUGGGAGGGCACUGGUGACCCUGGGCAUCAUGUGGGUCCUCUCAGCAUUGGUUUCCUCUCUGCCUCUCAUGGGAUGGACUUGCUGUCCCAGGCCCUGCUCUGAGCUUUUCCCCCUGAUCCCCAAUGACUAUCUGCUGGGCUGGCUCCUGUUCAUUGCUGUCCUCUUCUCUGGCAUCACCUAUACCUAUGCGCAUGUCCUCUGGAAGGCCCGUCAGCAUGUAGCCAGCUUGGCUGAGCACCGGGACAGACAAGUGCUCGGAAUGGCCCGGAUGAGGCUGGAUGUGCGGUUGGCCAAGACCUUGGGGGUGCUGCUGGCUGUGCUCUUCAUAUGCUGGUUGCCGGUACUGACCCUCAUGGUCUACAGCCUGGCCACCACUCUAAGCAAACAGGUCAAGGAGGUCUUCGCUUUCUGCUCCUUGCUCUGCCUUGUCAACUCCAUGGUCAACCCCAUCAUCUACGCCCUGCAGAGUGGGGAGAUCCGCUCCUCCGCGCACCACCGCCUGGCCCACUGGAAGAAGUGCCUGAGGGGCCUCGGGCCUGAAGGAAAAGAAGAGGUCCCGAGGUCCUCAGUCACUGAGACAGAGGCUGAUGUGAAAAUCACCCUGGGGCCAGAUUCCAGAGAGCUGUACUGCUCUGAUCACUAAUGAGGUCACUUUCACAAUUUUAAAUAAGCCAAGUCAGAAAUCAUUUCAAUCCCUGGAAGAGAGUGUCUUUGAUCCUCUCACCUUACUUGAACCAGCCCCAGAGGCCUGGACACUUAACCCCUUUUCACUGAGUGUUGGCACUGACCCCUGGAGGGUAACCUGGCCACGCCUGUCUGCACACAGUCUGUUGGGUAGCCAGGCCCUGUGAGGGGCGGCAAGGUGGGCAGGAGGCAGGAGGCCUGGGACAGGCUCAUUGCAGGUCAGGACAACCUUCCCAACAAGACGGCU